UCCGCUCUCCGUACAGGAAUGUGGACUGCAUUACGUCACUUAUCCUGCCAGCAGCGACACAGCAGCGUCGUCCAAAAGGAGUUACUCGCUUUUUUUCCUGUGGAUAACUUAAACGCAUUUAAUUGUUAUUUGUUCACCCUCCUAACUUAGACUUUGGCGUUUGAAAGUCCUGCUUUGACGUGUGGAGUAAUGAAACAUUCAGGCGUGCAUCGUAGCCCCCCUGCUUCACUAUGAGAAGUUUGUGAAAGAAGCCCAAGUACCGACGACUGAGAGAUUAGAUGGAGGAACUGGAAGGUACAGACGGACGUGUGUGUGCGGGUUGCGGGGGACGAAUUCAAGACUCGUUUCAUAAGAAAGUCCUUCAAGACACCUGGCACAACGCCUGCUUUCAGUGCUCUGUGUGCUGUGACCACCUGAUUAACUGGUACUAUGAGAAGGACGGAAAGCUGUACUGUCGCAACCACUACUGGGAGAAGUUCGGAGAGCUUUGUCAUGGCUGCUCUCUGCUCAUGACUGGACCUGCCAUGGUGGCUGGGGAAUACAAGUAUCACCCGGAGUGCUUUGUGUGUCUGAGCUGCAAGGUGGUGAUUGAGGAGAGGGAUACCUACGCUUUAGUGGAGCGAUCCAAACUCUACUGUGGAAAGUGCUACAAGCAAGUGAUCCUGACACCUAUGUUGGAAAAGCGUUCACCCGACUCUGUCCUCGACUCCCUCCCCCACACAGUGACCCUCAUCUCCAUGCCCUCCGCUGCCAACGGCAAGAGGGGCUUCUCCGUCUCCGUGGUGAGGGACAUGGCCGGCGGCUUGGCCAGCGUUCAAAUCAAAGAGGUUAGAGGUAUGCUCAUCAGUCCAGAGGUGCGGAAUGCCAUCCACGUCGGGGACAGGAUCCUGGAGAUCAACGGCCUUCCAGUCGGCACAUUGAUGGAGGAGGAGGUGGACGACCUUAUCCACCGCACUAGCCAGACGCUGCAGCUCCUUAUUGAAUAUGAUCCAGUCAGGCAGCGUUUGGACAGGCUCAGACUGGGAUCCUCGCAGAACCAGCUGGGAGUCCCGGCCACCUCCCGCAUGCGCCUGUGCUCACCCUCUCAUGCCAUUGUGGAGAGAACCGAUGUGGUUGAUGACGGCACACUGAAAAGGAGAUCUUUGAGGCGUAGUAACAGUAUAUGCAAGUCGCCGGGGCCUACGUCUCCCAAAGAGCACCCUAGUUUCACUCGGGACAUUGGACGCUCUGAAUCUUUGCGAUCCUCCAGCAGCUGCUCUCAUCGCAUCUUCCGGCCCUGUGACCUCAUCCACGGCGAGGUGCUGGGAAAAGGCUUCUUCGGACAAGCCAUCAAGGUGACUCACAAAGCCACAGGAGAGGUGAUGGUGAUGAAGGAGUUGAUCCGCUGUGAUGAGGAGACGCAGAAGACUUUCCUGAAAGAGGUCAAAGUAAUGCGGAGCCUGGACCAUCCCCAUGUUUUGAAGUUCAUUGGUGUGCUAUAUAAGGACAAGAGGCUUAAUUUGAUAACUGAGUUUAUUGAGGGCGGCACACUGAAGGAUUUCAUCCGAGACACGGACCCAUUUCCAUGGGAGCAAAGGGUCAGCUUUGCAAAGAGCAUUGCCUCUGGAAUGUCUUACCUUCAUUCAAUGAGCAUCAUACACCGAGAUCUCAACUCUCACAACUGCCUGGUUAAACUGGACAACACCGUGGUCGUUGCUGACUUUGGACUCUCCCGGCUCAUAGUCGAGGAGAAAGUCAAACCUCCAGCUGAAAAACCUGCCUCCAAGAAGAGGGUGUUCAGACGUAUUGACCGUAAGAAGCGUUACACUGUGGUGGGAAACCCUUACUGGAUGGCUCCUGAAAUGCUAAAUGGUAAACGCUAUGAUGAGAAGGUGGAUAUUUUCUCCUUUGGGAUUGUGCUUUGCGAGAUCAUUGGGCAGGUUUACGCAGACCCUGAGUGCCUUCCCAGGACUCUGGACUUUGGCCUGAAUGUUGACAAGUUCAUGGAGAAGUUCCUCCCUGAAGACUGUCCACCGCCUUUCUUUCCUCUGGCUGUGGCCUGUUGUGACCUCAUACCAGACAACCGGCCGCCCUUCCAGAAGCUGGAGGACUGUUUUGAAGCUCUCGCCUUCAAUCAGGAGCUGGGCAUCCCCCUGCCGGCCGAACUGGACGAACUGCACCAGAGCCUGUGUCGCCUUCACUGGCCCAAAGACAGCCCCACAUCUCAGAGCACAGAUGAACCGUCAACCCCAACACCAGCCUCUUCAGACAGCACCAAGGACACAGACAGUGGCACCUAGCAUCAGUGCUGCUUCGGUCUACAACCUGCCUCUUAGACCCAUCUGGACUGCUGCACUAAUCAAAGUGGGCGAGCAAGAGAGGAAAAAGUGAAACUGGAUAACCUGAGGUAGCUGCACCAGUCUGCACCCCAUGUGGGACCUUAACUGUAAAGAGUGCCAGUGAACUGCAAUACGAGUGAAAACAAAGGAGGAGACGCAUUUCAAGAGGGGAAGUUUCUGUUUUUCUUAACUCAAGUCUUCAAACAUGCAGGGUUAUAAUGAUGUUUACUAUGUAUUUAUAGAACAGUAUCUAACUCUCUGUGGUCCUGUGCCUGACAAAUGAGGAGAAUCUAUAAAUGGUGGAUUUCUUUUCUUUCUUUCUUUCUUUUUUUUUUUAAUUUAAUGAGUCCCCAAGUGAAAGCAGUUUUGUUUUGUGUGGCCUGUCUCUAUCUUUCCACUCGACUCUGCAGUUAUUGUCUGCUAUGUGUGGAAUGCAGAGAUCAGUCCUUACCCAUGAGAAGACUCACUUCGCCACAGCAGCAAAGAAAACAGAGAUGCUUGACAGUUUGGCUGAUUGACAAGUCAGAGUAAACGGAGGGUAGGGCUUUUGGACGGAAUUUUGUUUACCAUGGAGAGGACAGGCGCGGCUGAUGUAGUAGUAGAAGAAGAAAAACAACCAUCAAGGAGGCCCAGGACACUGCUCUUAGGUGAAGAGAGCAUCCAAUCUUUUACAUCCUGAUUUAAUUGAAAAAGCUUCUUUGAUGUAAACAUCGCUGACCUGAGCUUUCACAGGAUGUUACAUGUAUGGUAAAUAGGAUAAUGAUUUUUUCUUCGACCACUGAAUUAACACAAAUUUGAUGUCUUUACUUUUGCUAUACUAUGUUGCUAAAAUAUCUUGUUAACCACUUGGUGCUUUGUUAAAAAAAAAAAAAAUGGGGCAGUAGGUCCUUUUUUUUGUCUUUUUCUUUUUUUAAGCCACCCUCAUCAUGCACCAUCAAACAUAAUCAUGUAAGCUUAAUCUUGCUGCUGUGAUCAUCCAUGUGACCCUGGUAUGUGUUUAUGGGGCUCUGCUCCCUUAAGACAGUGUGCAACUUGCUAAAAACAUGAUCUGUACAGAAUACAAACUGGAUUUAUAUAUUUUUCUGAAGAAAUUUGUAUAAAUUUGUACAUAUGUCUCUAAUUGAAUUUCAUUUUGUAAUGGGAAUUACAGAUUUGUAGAUUUUUUUUUUUUGUAGAAAAUUGGAAGUUUUGCCUUUUGCUAGCAUCAUGCAAGGUACUGACCACCAGUUGUAACCACUAUUAUUUGUAUCAUUGUAGUGUUUCAUAAAUAAACAUUAUGAAAGCAG